AUUUCGUAAUGUCUAUGCACGAUUACAGUCGGUUACCCACCGAGAUUCUUCACCAUAUUUUCAAAUAUCUUCACGACAAUUAUGAUAUACUUGAGGACCGGUACCACAGCGACUUAUUUCAGUGCUUACUUGUAUGUAAAAAGUGGAAAUCACUUUCUAUCGAUCACCUGUACCGUACUAUUUACUUGACCGAUCUCGAACGAGCACAAAAGUUUAUCGAAUGCACCAAGAUCAGCAAACUAGGUCAUUUAUGCUAUGACCUUUCAUUCUUUCGUCUUCUUGGAGACGAUGAAGCGAUCGAAUUUCUACCUGAACUUGCCAAGGUGACGCCUAAUGUGAAGCGUUUCAACACAAACAAGCCUCCACGAUGGUUUUGGCUAGAUUUUGCACAAGUAUGUGCACGGUACUGGAAGAACCUGGAAAAGAUCCCAUACCCUUCAAUGGAUGACUUUGUAGAAUACAACAUAUGCGCCUUACAGCACCAACAGACACUCAAAGAGAUAUUCUUACCGGAUGAUGAUCCCAAAAAUGACCGUGGACGAAACAUUAUCAGACAGCUCAAGUACUUUCCCAACAUGCAAGACGUCCAAAUCGAAUCGGCGAUCUAUACUGCACGGCCAGUAGAUUAUGAUGAGUUGAUCGACAAUUGUCCUAGACUGACUCACCUGUUGGUGAUGAUUGAUGAAAUGGAAGAAGUAGACGAAGAAGACUAUGAGUGGAUGCCACAGUAUGACUUGGCUACUUUGAAGCCUUGCGAAACAAUGAAGGAUCUCUGCUUUAUCUUCAACUAUGACAAAUACUCAAUCGAUUAUAUCAUGCUUAAAUUUCCACGUUUGAAACGUCUUGACUUAGCCGUGCAUCUUCCACUGACAGGCUCAAUACAGGCAAAGCACGACACAUAUCUUUCUAAAAACAUUGAAGUACUUGUGAAUUAUGCGAUACAGAUACCCAAGUUCAAUAUCAGCUUUUAUGGUCCCAUUGACCUCGUACCUCCUUUUUUGAAGCACUCAAAGGCACUUGAAAUUUACUUUUCAGAGAAUGAUUGGGACCGCCAUGGAUUUAGAGACGACGAUGUGACGCUACAUCCUUCAUUGGAAUUCACCAACGACAGUGCAUGCAUCAGUUUUGAAGACGAAGUUCAGCCACGUGAGCUCAUGCGACUAUGGCAGCUCUGCAUGGACAUUGUGACCGAAAUGACGUUCCAUUCACCAACCGACUACGAUCAGGCUGAAAUCCAAGACCGAAACCUUGAGAAUAUCUUGCUACACUGCAAGAAGUUACGAUCAUUCCAAUAUAAUGCCAAUUUUCUUCGCCCACCAGUACAAAAAACGAGAAACUUACAGCAACCGAUGCUGGAAACACUUGAACUUCAUGUACGACAAAUCAAUAAGGAAGUCUUUCCUAUUUACUCACGGUGCAUGCCCGCACUUAAGGAUCUCACUAUACGAACAGUAUUCGAAGGUGACUCUAAGGUUAACUUUGACCUAAAGAUGCCCAAGACGGCAUUGAAUUCACUCGUUUUCUUUGCUACUCUCCGAUUGAAACACCGGGAAGACAGCGAUAGGAUGGUUGUCCUUGAUUUUGGUCGACUCAGUACCCCAGCACCAUAUAUCCUUUUAAAAGUUGAAACAGAAGAAUCUGGACUGCGGCAUUAUGUGAUCUUCAGGACAGACGGGAAGACAGUUAUAGAAGAAGCUGACACUUCUUUAAGCAAUGAAGUGGCAGUGACAAUACAUCUCAAGCUGCUAUCGAUCCAGACCAUAUCCCUUCAAAUUGCCGAUAUUCUACUAAAAAACCAUUCGUUUAACUUGUAAAAAAGAGAAUGUAUGUGUACAGCUUUUAGAUCGUUCAUAUUUGUAUUAAAAUGUAAACAAAAUAAAACCUUUUAUUUAUCAUAAUUCUUUUGAUGGGUCUUGC